AUGUCGGACGAAGAGAUAAUCUUGUAUAAAGGGCCAGUGUUUUACCUUCCUCAUCAUGAAGUUCUUAGAUAUGAUUCAACGUCAACACCCAUGAGAAUUGUAUUUGAUUCUUCAGCGCCUUAUAUGGGAUUUGCAUUAAAUGAUUUUCUAGCUAAGGGACCCGAUUGCCUUAAUAAUAUUUUAGGCAUACUUCUCAGAUUCCGUCAAGGGCUUAUUGGGCUUAUAGGAAACAUUAAGAAAAUGUACAUUUCAGUUAAGAUAGGCCAUUUCGAUCAGAAUUGCCAUAGAUUCUUGUGGAGAGAAAUGAAUACGGAAAGAAGUCCAAGUCAUUAUGCUUUAACGACAGUUACUUUUGGUGAUAAACCUGGAGGAGCGAUUGCAAUGGUUGCUUUAUGUAAGACAGCAGAAAUGUGUAAGAAUUACCCAGAAGCUACCAAACUGAUUGAAAAAGACUCUUAUGUAGAUGACUUAUUGGCUAGUGUGGAUAGCCAUGAGGCAGCCAAGACCAUAAUGAAUGACAUUGAUCGUGUAUUAAGCAAAGAGGUUUUCAGAUAA